AUGGAUUUCAUUCUCUCUUUGACGCAUUUCUGCGAGGUACAUGGUCCCACCUCGAUCAUCUGCUCGCAGGUUCUGCCCUUUGCCUGCUCGCAAUGUUACCCCGAAAGCUCCGAUGUCUCUCCCAAUGAUACCCCGGCCACUUCCCACGACACCACCUUUUCCAAUGGCCUCCGGAGCCCUCCUCCACGCAAAGCCUCCGUUUCUUCCAGAACUUCACGAGCACACGAAAAACCGCCCCGCGGAGGCGACCGAUCCCCCAAGAUCGAAGACCACCCGUACUUUCUCAAAGGCCAGCCUAGUUCGGCCGAGACUCCCAAUCUGAAUCGUCUCGGCGGCGCCAAUGGCGAUACCUGUGCCAGCUGUAGUCUGACCCUACCCGAAGAUGUGAGCCGUCAGCUGCCUCCUGGCGCGCCGGGUACGGCUCGGAGUGAUGGCAAAGGGAGAAACGGGAGUCCAGUCCUGCGCUCUAGGGAAGUGGUCUAUUCCUGCGGCACCAAUCACUCCGACGCGGACGAUACCACCCCCGAUCCGCACCUGCAUCCUUCGCUCCCGGAUUCUCUCCAUUCCUCCUCCGUGGCCUCCGAUUCCUCGUGCCAUACGCAUAUUCUCACCUAUCUCUCUCUGCGCGGCCCUCCAAACCCUGCCGACUAUGCUCUCCUGCGACGCUCCUCCAUUCGGACGCUGAGUUGCGAACUCCUUCCCCGCGGUCUGUCAUCGGGGCCGUUGUGCUUCGGGGAUUCUACCGCCGGUUACACCAUCGCCUACAUUUUCCGUCUGCCGGAUCCGAUGGCUCGCGGCAAACGACGCAGCUAUGCCCUCGUCGCACUGGCAGGGAAAGACGCCGGUCGUGCUUUUAAGGCCUGUCCGGUCAUCUGGCGCGCGUUCGGCCGUAUUGCCACCGGAAUUGUCAACUCGGCGGAAAAAUUCCAGGAAGAGGAAAAGCGCAAGGAAGAACAGAAUCAAGGACCUAAUCGGGCCGCCGCGCGACAAUAUACCCCCGUCUCUUCAUUUCUUACUGGACGCGCCAUUGACCCGGAUGGCCAACUUCGUCGACCCGGCCAGGUGCGGGCCCGGAAUUUGUCUGAAAUCGUCGGCAACCAGUACAUCUUUGCGGAAAUCCACGCACACUUUGUGGCUCUUUUGCAGCAACUGGGCUCGAUGUUCGGGGCCACGCCGAUUUCGGAAGAGCAGUUUGUAUGCAGCACCGUCCGCGAUGAGGACGAGAGACCAUCCGCCCUCCUUCCUGCAGAGAAGGACAAGGGUAAAGACCAGGCGUCACAGAAGUGUGACAACGAUGAUCUGGGCAUGUCCACGCUGAAUUUGUCUUCGGGACCGAAACCUAUUCCGAUUGCUCCUCGUCGACCAGUCAUUGCAUGA